GGUGGGGGGGCAUCUGUGUGUGUGUGUGUGUGUGUGUGUGUUCCACAUAAUAAUGCGAUGCCAUAAAAGGUCACUGGUCAGAAUGGGGUUUGCCCCACGCACUUCAGGAGUCAAUCUGUAUUUAUAGCGGUGAUAGCCGGGUCCAGCCCACCUUGGUCACCCCACCACACCACACAAGCCUGAGGUGGACUAAUCCAAUAAAGAGAAAAAAAGGGCUGGCUAGUCUGCUCCCGGCUCAGUCUGCACCGACUCCUCUCGUAGACACACACCACAAGAAGCAGUCAACACCAUUUCUCUCUUUGUGAGAGAUCAGCGCUUGGAGCUGAAGUGGUGUUAGACAAAGAAAGGAUAUCGGAAAGUACAACCAGAAAGAAAAUGUCUGAGCGCUAUGAUUGCCACUACUGCAAGGAGUCCCUGUUUGGGAAGAAGUAUGUGCUGCGUGAAGAGAACCCAUACUGUGUCAAGUGCUACGAGAGCCUCUACUCCAACACCUGUGAGGAAUGCAAGAAGCCCAUUGGCUGCAACAGCAGGGAUCUGUCCUACAAGGACCGCCACUGGCACGAAGACUGCUUCCACUGCUUCAAGUGCAGCCGUACGCUGGUGGACAAGCCCUUCUCCACCAAAGAUGAGCAGCUCCUGUGCACCGAGUGCUACUCCAACGAGUACUCCUCCAAAUGUUUCGACUGCAAGAAGACCAUCAUGCCAGGCUCCAGGAAGAUGGAGCAUAAGGGCAACAGCUGGCAUGAAACAUGCUUCAGCUGCCAACGCUGCCAGCAGCCCAUUGGCACCAAGAGUUUCAUCCCAAAGGAAAACCACAACUACUGCGUGCCCUGCUAUGAGAAGCAGUUUGCCAUGCAGUGUGUGCAAUGCAAAAAGCCAAUCACCACGGGUGGAGUGACCUAUCAUGAGCAGCCGUGGCACAAAGACUGCUUCCUGUGCACUGGCUGUAAGCAGCAGCUGUCUGGGCAGCGCUUCACCUCCCGAGAUGACUUUGCCUACUGCCUCAACUGCUUCUGCAACCUGUAUGCCAAGAAGUGUGCCUCCUGCACCACCCCCAUCAGUGGUCUUGGUGGGAGUAAGUACAUCUCCUUCGAGGAGCGCCAGUGGCACAAUGACUGCUUUAACUGCAAGAAGUGCUCCGUGUCCCUGGUGGGACGUGGCUUCCUGACGGAGAGAGAUGACAUCAUGUGUCCAGACUGUGGCAAAGAAAUCUGAAGAGUGACACACAGUCCAGAGAGAUGAAUAUUCAGAGUGCCCCAAAUGCUCUGCACUCUCUGAGAAUAGAGAAUUGAAUUGAAUUGCUCUCUGAGCAAAAUGUUUAAAGCACAUUUAUAUCAAGGUUUUCAGCUUCUUUAGGUUCACUAACAGUUAUCUUGGGGUGGAUGAGUAUUAUUCAAAUCUAAUUUAUGUUGUGAGGUUUUUAUGAUAUUAUGAGGGCUUUCUGCAUGUGAGGCCUCGGAUUACUGAAAUCUACAAAGAAAAGUUAAAUACAAUUCACUGCACUAUGCUGAUUUGUUUGCUAAAAUAUAUGUCAUAUUUUAAAGAAUGUGUCUAAUCCUGUGGUUUGCUUGAUGGACUUGCCUAAUUUAGUUUGGCUAAUUUAUUUGUGAGGUGUAUUUGUGUUUACUAACAUGAGAUUUUGUACUUGUAAGGAUUUCACACAAGUCAGAUAAAAAGUCAUUGUAAUCCUGUAAGUGGUGCUUUGUCAAUAAAUCAUUACCAAUUGUUUUUUUUUAUUUUGUCAUUUUUUGAGUAAUAAUGAUAUGUUAGACUGCUAUGAACUCUUCACAAAAAUGUAUCCUGAACAAAAACUAUUAGAAGUGUAAUACUGCAAACAUUGUAUAAUUGUACCUUCAAUUAAUCUUAAAAUAUCCGUACAUUAACUGUAACCAAAGGUUAUAACUCGAAAGGUACAUUUGGUAGAGUGAGAUCCUCAUACAAUUCCAGCAUCCCAUUCCUGAAAACAACAAAACAUGACAUACAUCAGUGCCUCUCCUUUGCUUAAGCUACAGCUUUCAUUUUUCAAAAGAUAAUUAGAUAGGC